ACUCUGGUGUAUGUCUGCAGGGCCGGGAAUCCCCCAGUAAAUCCCCACCAACAUGUAACUCUCAAUCCAGAGCCAACGCCCUCCCUGCGCUCUAAUCCCAGUCAGCGACCGCAGAGCCCCUUUGCCAUCCCACCUUCCUCGGAUUAUAAUCCUCUCCCCAGCUGGGGUCCAUCACCGUGGGGCCCAUCCUCCAGAGGGGCUCCUGCCUCAGCUUCCCCAGCACGGCUGCCUUGCCACACACAGGAGCCUGGGUUUCUGAGAGCAGCGACAGAUGGGCCAAUAUUAGCGUCAGCUCUCAGCCUGAAGAAGCCAGCUGGUGCCUAGAUGGAAACUGAGGCACAGAGGUGACAUGCUGCAUCCGAGGUGCACAGAGGUGCAGUCAGCACCAGACGUGGUAGCUCAUUUCGGGGGGGACGUCACCCUGAGCUGCCUCUUCCCGUCCCAGCCCGGGAUGAACCUCCAGCGUCUGACCCUCACCUGGCAGAAGGAGCAGGCAGGGGCAGAGGCUCUGGUGGUUCAUAGUUAUUAUUACGGGAGGGAGCAGCUGGAGAGACAGGACGAGGCCUAUAGGAGCCGGACCCGGCUGGAUCCAGAGGGGCUGGCUCGGGGCGAUGCGUCCCUUACACUGAGGGGUGUCCGCACCCAGGACGAGGGCGUCUACCUCUGCCACGUCACCUCGGAGCUGGGCAAGACGUCUGAACGCAGGGAGCUGAGAGUGGGAGCCCUGUUCAGCGAGCCCCAGCUGACCUUCAGCCUCUCCAGCACCGGGGUCACGCUGACCGUCCACACAGGGGGCGGGUACCCCGCGGCCAUGGUGCGGUGGCUGGAUGAGGCGGGCAGGGACGUCACAGCAGAAGGUGCCACGGAGCAGCAGGUGGAUGAACAGGGGCUCUACCAGGUCACCAGCUGGGUCACGGUGCCGCCUGCGACCCACAGCGCCAGGCUGACCUUCAUGUUAACCCCUCGUGUGCUGGGGGCACCAAUCACCCGGCCACUGAGCCUGAAGCUGAGCCCAGGACUCCUGGGUUCCCCGGCCUCCUGCCUUGGGGUCCGCCUGGCUGUCAUCUGUGCCGCCUGCCUCUUCAUUGUCCUGCUGGCUGUUGCGUUUCUCUACCAUCUCCGCCAGGCCCCGGCUGGAUCCCGCUUCUGGAGGAAGAUUGAGGAGGAGGAGGAGCAGAAAGAGAUCUCCUGCCCAAUCCCAGCCAGCCCCACUGGCCAUGAGCAGCCAGCCAGGGACAAGUCCUAGGGAUUGGCUGGGGCAGAGCUGGAACCACCAUGGGCAAGAUCUAGCAUCACCCGGGCUCCAUCAUCUCCCAGCAACAGAGCCCCAGGGGAGCAAGAACAACCCCACUGCCCCAGCUCUACCAUCCGGCCAUGCCCCUCCGCCUGGUGCCCUUGGCCAAGAUCUGGGAGACCCACAUCAUCCUCUAGUAGCAUCACCGCAGGGUCUCCAACCUUCACCCUCCACCCUAAGAAUCACACUCCAUCCACGGCCUUUGUUUUCCAUCCAGGGCCCCCAUGUGAUUGGCAGAACUGCUGGACUAGCCAGCCCGCAGGUUGGCGCAAAGGGGCCAGGGUUCUGCAUGUCAGCCCAGCGGCAGGCCCCUGGCUGCCCAAUGCUUGUGCCUUCAGCUGUGAUCUCUCCUCUGCUUGCCUUGGUCCUGUCCGGCUUUCUCCCUGCUCUCGUGCCCGGCUUCUGAUCCCUGUCUCCGGUUAUUGACUUGGCUUUGGCUUUUAAUCUUGGUGGAUUCCUAGUUGCAGCUUUGGCCUGUGGCUCUGGCUUGGACCUGGCUCUAACCACUAAGUCAGAUGGCCCAUAUCUUGCCCCUGACACCGGGUGUUACUCUCCAGGCUAACUGCAGCCGGCACCGGUGCACUCUCUUCUCCAGCUGUCCCUCUUUGGCCCUUCCCCUGCACAUACUGUGCCUUCUUCAUCAGCCGUCCUACUCCGUGCUGCAUUCUCAUCCUGGGAUGGGAUCAGCUGCUGUCCUCUUCUCUGCAUCAUGUGCAGUUCUUAUACCGCCCUCAUCACUGCAUAGCUGAGCACCUGCCAAGUCAGGCACUAAGCACCACGAUUGUGCAUCUAUCAGGUGCUGUUCGUUCUCUCAGCCUCUCCCCAGACGGAGAAGUGAGUGCACUGGAGGCUCUUGUUUUGGUUGGUUGUCCUUUUUGCUUACUAGAAAUAGACCUGUUGCUAUAUGUUUAUGUUGGAGAAGGCAGUCCCAAGAGCCUUUGGAGCAGACAGCAGUGAGAUUUCUAAUGAGCCUUGGCCCCUGUGGCAGGUAGUUCCGCAGUCUUUGACCAUGCUUGGAGAAGGUUCUUGCUCCUGCACCGACGAGCUUGACUCCUAUGGUUGAGAAUUUCCCUGGCCAGAGCUGUCAAUCACAGUCUGCUCCCUCGAGCUCUACAUGGGCUGUUGAAUAGGCUGGGCCUAGGCCAUGAAGCUCUGUGAAGGUAAUGACCGGUCACUAUCCUGCGGGAAGCCAGCGUAGGGAGCGGAGCAGAGGUGGGAUGUGCUCAUGGCAGCUGAGGAGGCUUUCCGCCUGGGCCCAUCGCCCUGCUGUCAUCCCUGCCCGUGCCUCAGUUUCCCAUCUACAAAAUGGGGAUAACACUACUGCUGUUCUUUGUAACAUGCUAUGAGAGUUGCUGCUGUUUCAAGUGAGUGUUUGUUUUUUAUUAUUUGUAUUAUUAAAUCUGUCCUUCCAAAGAUGUCCUAAAUUCAUGACCAUCUGUCAUGCAGGGAUGUAAGGAGAUUGCCCUUUUUAGCUCAGCGAAGAGGUGCCUUGAUUCUGGUCUAUCAACAUGGCCCUGGGGAAGGAGAUUUCUGAGAGUGGAAACAUUCUGGUCUGACCUAGA